GUGGUGACAAUGCGGGACUUUACACUGCAUCCAUGUGAACACAGGCUCAUUUCACAGCAAUGCAGGAGAAGUGCUGGGCUCUGAGUGAGGACUGGAGAUGCACAGCCAGCAGUAACCUCCUAGGUUAGUCUGGGAAAACCUGUGCACUUCUGCUCCCUCCCCACUGCACCAAGAGACCACACUCCCAUUGAGGAAAUGGGAGAUCAUCAUCAGGUUAAGACUUCCUUCCUUUUCAUCCAACUGCAGUCACCCUCCAGGACCCAGCAGUGCCAACCUUCUGCUGACUUGCUUAGCUUGGUCACUCUAGAGGAAGUAUCAUCAGCCACAACAGCUACAGACACAGCACGACCUUCAGUUGGAGACCUAGACAGCAUCUACACCAAGGAGGAAGAAGGUAUAACUGUCUACAAUGAUGCCUUAGAUGACACCUUAUUACAGAACGUGGAUAGUAAACCAAUACUGGAGGAAGCACCUUCACCACUAUUUGCUGCUGGGGUUACAGAAGAGAGCUGUUCAUCAGAUUCUACAAGAAUAGAUAUCAGGCCGGACAGCCAAGAAACCACUUCAUCAUCGAGCUGUGAAUGUUUAACAGGAGAUGCGUUUCUAAGUAAAACCGAUUCUCACGAGUGCUUGAGUUGUGAACUCAAAAAAUCCCAAAAUUCAGUAUCUGAGAAGGACAACUCUGGUGAACGCAUUUGGCUCUUGUGUCAGGACCCUCCGAAAACCAUGAGUGAAGUGAUUCAGUCUCCACCACUGGGGAACUUUCCCAAACCUUCUUUAGGUCCCAGGGUGAGUUUCCUGUACCCGUCAACAGAAUCUGACUCCCAGAACAGGACAACAGCACAUGGUCCAGAUCCAAACACAACGUCCAGUGAAGUCCCUCCAGCCUGUACAGCAACCUCUACUUUUCCAAGCACACAUCGGCUGUCGCAGAGCAGCUGGGUGCACAGUGCCAAACUCAAGGAGGAGGCUGCUGCUCUAGAACGAGCACAGAGUACAAACGCCGAGAGGACCACUUUUGUUUCAGCCGUCAUCAAGAGGUCCUCAGAGCUCUAUGGGGAUAUCUAUAAACCAGCACAUCGUUCUUCUGAAGUGACUUCUGAUAUCGAAAAGUCUUCUGAAAACCCUUCUCUGGCUGUAGUAGGUGCAGGAAAACCAGACCAAACUGCACCAACUACAGAAUCUCUGCACACUAAAGCAGCACCAUCAACCAUGCUUCAGUCUACAGCACCUGAAAAGGCCGAAGCGUUUGUUUGGGUCAACGGCUCCUCCUUGCACGCUCAGAGUGUCGCCAAGGCCAAGUACGAGUUUCUUUUCGGAAAGACGCACAGCUCAAGUUCAGCAGAGACUGCCUCUAUAUGUGACUCGAACCCCCAGCUGGAGGACAUCAGCUCAACCCCCGACCCCUCCAUCCAGGAGGAUGAACUGGACGAGACGUCAUUCUUUCAGGAGAUCGACCGGGAGCUCACCGAGCUGCUGAGUGGCCUCACAGCCAGAGCCCGGGAUGUUGCGGCAGCCGAGCAGGUCAACCAAUCAGGAGACGCCGCUUCAGACAUGAUCCCCUGCAACGGGACGCCGCCUCCUCCUCCUCCGGGCGCAGCCCAUCACGCCUCAGAGCUACAGAACGGCACCUCAGACUCGGGGCAGUCCGAAAAGCUGAGCGACGUGACGUUCGACUCGUGGUGUGAGGCGCUGAUUCAGGACCCGAGCUCAGCGCAGGAGCUGCACUGUGUGAGCCCCGUUCUCGGCCCAGACGCCAGGAAUGCACCCGCAAGCCAACAUAAACCUGCGCCGGUGCCUGUUAUGGAAAAGAAGGAGGGAGGCAAGAGCGGUGACUCGUCACCAAGGCUUCUGGAUACCUCUCUGGAUGAGUCCAACAAAAUCCUGGCGGAGAUCCCCGGCAUCUUUAGUGCCUUCCUGGAUGGGGCCAAAGCGCGAGAGAAACCCCAGAAGAAGCUGCGCUUUGUAGAGGAGCAGGCUGACGGAGAGGUUUUCCUGAAUGGAGAGGCUGAAGAGAAGGAAGAGACGAUUCAGGACAUGGAGAAACCUUCUCAGGACUCAAAGACACUCAAAGCUGCUGUGCCAGCGGUGUGUGCUUCCAAAGUGACUGAAAACAGCUCAGCCAGGACUGUCGAGGGCAGAGCCAGCGAGACUGAGGAGGCCACAGAUGUGUUCAGCAGUCAGUUUGAGAGCAUCCUGGAGUCGGAUCGCCUGUGUGUUACGUUCUACAGCAGCCUGGACUCGUUGGACGCGCUCUCUUCCUCAGCCGACGAGACGGACACACAAGCUGAGCCGGUGCACACACCCCGGGUCGUAGAGAUGCCCCUCACGCCCAUGAUCCAGCAGCGGCUGAAAGAAAGCGGCCUGUUUAUGGAGGCUAGUAGCAGGCAGGAGGAGGUGCUGAGCGUCAGUGAGACCAGGAAGAGCGGGAAAGCCGCCCUGGUGGUGACCUCCUCCUUCCUGAACACAACCACAGAGCAAGUAGACUUGAUCGCCGGACACACGGAUGGAGCUUUAGCCAAUGGCACGAUGGGGAAGGAUACAAGCGAUUGGCUGCAGAGCUGGACGAGCAGUGAUGAGGGGUUGAAAGACGUGCUGUCAGACUGGGACUUGGACAUGGGCAGCACCGAGCGACAGAAGGACAGCACGGACACACUGAACAACGGGCACCGCAGCGACCAGGAGGCAGCACGACGUCUGGCGCGCCGCCUUUACCACCUGGAGGGCUUCCGUCGCUCUGACGUAGCCAAGCACCUGGGCAAGAACAAUGACUUCAGCAAGCUGGUUGCUGAAGAGUACCUCACAUUCUUUGAUUUCACAGGGAUGACAUUGGACCAGUCGCUCAGAUCCUUUCUCAAAGCUUUUGCACUAAUGGGUGAAACCCAGGAACGAGAGCGGGUUUUAAUCCACUUUUCUAAUAGGUACCAUCAAUGUAACCCCACCAUCCUCGCCUCACAAGAUGGAGUGCAUUGCCUUACAUGUGCUUUAAUGCUGCUGAACACUGACCUUCAUGGACAGAAUAUUGGGAAGAAGAUGACGUGCCAGGAAUUCAUCAACAACCUGGACGGCCUGAACGCAGGACAAGAUUUCCCCCGAGACCUGCUCAAGGCAUUGUACAACUCGAUCAAGAACGAGAAGCUGGAAUGGGCGAUUGACGGGGACGAGUUGAAGAAAUCGCUGUCUGAGCUUGCAGACACCAAGAACGACAAUGCCCACACGAAGAGCAUCAGCAGGAUCAGCAGCGGCAGCAACCCUUUCCUGGAUAUCGCCCAUGACCCCAACGCUGCUGUUUACAAAACAGGCUUUCUGGCUCGUAAAAUCCACGCCGACAUGGAUGGCAAGAAAACCCCUAGAGGAAAGAGAGGCUGGAAGACAUUCUAUGCUGUUCUCAAAGGCAUGAUCCUCUAUUUACAGAAGGAUGAGUACAAACCUGAGAAGGCCCUGUCUGAGGAGGACCUGAAGAACGCCAUCAGCGUGCAUCAUGCCCUGGCCAUAAAGGCUGUAGACUACGAGAAGAAGCCCAACGUGCUGAAACUGAAGACAGCCGACUGGAGAGUGUUCCUCUUCCAAGCCCAGAGCUCUGAGGAGAUGGAGUCGUGGAUCAGAGUUAUCAACUCCGUGGCUGCCAUGUUUUCUGCACCCUCCUUCCCCGCUGCCAUCGGCUCGCAGAAAAAAUUCAGCCGCCCGCUGCUGCCAGCCACCACCACCAGGAUGUCACAGGAGGAGCAGCUGAAGUCACACGAGGCCAAGCUGAAGCACAUCUCCACAGAGUUAGCCGAACACAGGUCCUACCCUCCAGACAAGAAGGUCAAAGCCAAGGAGGUUGACGAGUACCGCCUCAAAGAGCACUACCUGGAAUUUGAGGAGAACCGUUACGAGACGUACGUGAAGCUGUUGAAGGAUGGCGUGAAGGAGCUCCUGAGUGCUAAAGAGAACGAUGCAGCUCUGAAGAAAUCCCAGUCCAGCCCCCACCUCAACCAGGAGUCCCAGCCUGCUGCGGCCAAAAUCAAGCGCAACACGUCCGAGAGGAAGGACUACCGUCCCGAGACGCCCAAGGUCACAUAGGCAGCGUGUCUUCAGCCCUCUUGAAAACAAGAGCCAUUCUUCACGACAUGUGAAUAUAUUUUAAUGUAAUUUAUUAUCUGCCACUGUUGUAAACGGAAAACUGUUGUGUAAAAUGUAAUUGAAUUGAUCCUCGUCCUCUUUAGAUUGACUGGUGCUCGUGUAGCUGUUUGUAGGAGACAUUACUUACAUCUGUGUGGUCCUUUUAAUUUCGUUUCAGUGUCCUAGACAUUGUUGCAGUUGUCACUGUCGUGAUGAGCGUGUGAUUUUCCUCGCGAGACGUUCGCUCGAUUCGUUCCCGCCGUGUCGCGUCUCGAAACUCGAUUCGCCUUUCACUCAAGAGGAGUAGUGUUUUCUCGCCUACAGUUUAGUGCCGAUUUCCACAGCAGUUUCUUUGUGCAUACAGUAGGCAGUAGACGUACGUGUUCUUUCUCUGAAGGUCAUUUUAGUACGGAAAUGAAGUUUAUAGGCAGGUAAGGCUUCCAGAGAGAACGGACAGGAGACUCGAAUGCUCGAGAGAAACCUUCUUUAAGGACCUCCGAGAUUUUUCUUUUCUUUUUUCCUCAUUACAGUGACGCAUCAGGAUGUAAAUACAGGAACGCAGUGCAUCUGGUCAUGAUCAACAACUCGGCGCAGUUAGCAGUUUAAUUCUUUAUUACUAUAGAAAAACUAAGAGAUACCCAAAUCUCUCUCUCUCUCUCUCAAUUGUACCAGCAUGUUACAUCAGUUUAGAAAAUAUAAUAAAAGCCAGUUCAUGAUUUUAAAAUGAUCAACCUGAGGUACUUAAGUGAUCAUUUGAAGCAAAGUUGAGUUGUAUGUACAAAACACGGCUUUUCAGACUUGCGGAAUGAUGUCCAUCAUUGGUGCAGGGUGAGCCAAUUAUUUUUUUAAGCUCUUAAAAUAAAAAGUAUUCUGCCUUUUUUUUUUUUUUUUGCGUAGUGUAAAUGCCAAUGCUCUUUUAUUGUAUUUUAUAAUCUUAUAUAUUUGGAUUUAUAAUUCUCAGUUCAGGACAUUAUUGUUGUAAAAAUGAAAUUAGUAUUUAUAGUGCACUUUAUGACUUAGUUCUUCUGUUUGAGUAUUUAGAGCUUUAUUAAAAAAAAAAAAAAAUAGUCGUAGUGACGCAUUUCUUGGCUACAUCACAGAUUUUUUUUUUUUUCCCAGGCCGUGUAAAUCGUGUUUAGCUUCUUGAAGGUACUGAGCUGAAUGUACGUUCAUUUUUUUUCCUCCUCUAUCAGCUCGAUAACGCUGUAGUGUGUUAGUUCGUCAAUGGUUCUGUAGUUUUGCCCUCAUGUAGGUUGUGCAAAGACAAGGUUUCCUUUAAGGAGGCUGUUUACGAUGCUGUAUAACAAGGAAUGAUCACCGUUGGUGAUGUUGCUCUUGAUUUUCAUUAGGCAAAGGAUUGAACACUAUGAACGUUUUGACACUUCCAUUGCUAAUUGCACAAGCUGUCUGUCACAGAUCCACAUCAUUUUCAGUUACCGAAGGUUUGAAUUGAAUUCGAAUGCGUAUUGAAUUAGAAGUAUAGUCAGGCUGUUUUGAAGAUAUUUUGAGUUAGUUUAUGCAAAUCCCUCCAGUCAUAAACGAUGUUUACUUGAACUAUACGUAUUAAAAUAUGUAGGACACUUUAUUUUUAUUAUAUUAUAUUUAGGAUCUUUUUUUAUUGUUUAGUUAGUACAUACGGAGUGAUGAAUGUGAGCAGUGAAGUAUGGAUCGGACGGUUACAGUUUCUUAUCGCAGGCUCACUCAGAACAGCGUUUCUGAUGUUUUUGUGUCGCUUUUGCUCCAUGACUGCUACACAGUAAGCUUCGUUAUCCGCGCUUUGUUUCUGCUCAUACCACUAUUUUUAAACAACGGUGAGGAUUUUAAUAUUUAAGCACUUAAUACUAUGUACUUGCAACUUUUCUGCUUUCACUUUCGCUAAGGUAGUGUUCAGAGAUUUAAAAGGUUUUUCUCCCACGUUUUGGGAGAUGGCAUUAAGAGGACGUCCUCCUUCAUAUUGUUCAUUUAUGAUUACAUACAGUAUACUGACCAAAUAGUUUCCUUGUUGAUAGAGAAUAUUUUUAUUUCAGCAGCGCUCCUUUACCGGUAAAGAAUUGAAUAGUUCUUACUUAGUAAUUAAUUUUGAUAGAAAGAUGGCAGGAAGAGACACAAAAAAAAAAACAACAACCCUGAAACGUACGGUUAAAAGACAAACACGUGUAUAUGUUCAUUUUAUUUUAAAUGUCAUUUUCAACACAUCUGUUGCAGGUUUUUGGUUUUUUAAAUCACAGUUGUAUCUAAUUCCAGCCACAUCAACUUCAAGUAAUAAUCCUAUUCAAACUGGAAUGUACAAAACUGAACAGUGUACAUUAGGAAAGGUCUAAAGUUAUUGCCUUAUGAAGAAAAAAAAAAAGAAUUCUCAAAUAGCUCCAAGCUUCGUCAGUUUGCCGUAGCAAACCUCGUGAUAACGUUGUAGUCGAGACCACUUCGUCCAUGUCCAGAUCAGACGAGAGUUCCGAGCGGAUUCAGGGCAUAGUUGAGACCAAAGCAGGACACGUUCCCUGUUAAAACGGAUAACUGACAGGAUUUAGAAUGACUGGACAGGACGGGGCUCAGGAGAGGGUUAAGAUUUGGGUUACUGGAUGCCAUUGUGACAAGGCUGAGUAUAAAAUCUGAGCAUCAAGUCAGACACCGAUUAUUAUUAUUAUUAUUAUUAUUAUUAUUAUUAAACUCUAUUCUCUUGUCAUGCGUGUUCGGAUCGAAUUGGAGAGCAGCUGACUCUGUACAUACUCGCACCUCAGUAGACAGUGAUGCACCUUAGCCUUCUGAUGGACUGUUUGGUCUCCAAACACCACUUAGAAAUCUCUCUCAAAGCUGUGAUCUUGUACAAUCCUUUAACUCUGUAAAUGCUGUUCAAUAUAACUGUCGCUCUGUGUUCAGAGUCCACUUUCCGCUUGUUCAAGUGAUCUCUUGGUAUGAGAGCGUGUCUUACGCCCUGUAGCCAAGAUCAGGGACACAGUGCUGGUGUCAUACAAACUGUAGACGGUUUCAGUGAAUAAAAUACAGUAUUGAAUUCAAA